AUGCCAGCAGCUCCUCUCCAGGUCACGCGAAAGUGGGAAGAGCUGGCACCGAGGUCAGGGGUCCUGGAGGGACCCGAGAACUCUGCCAUCAGUGGGAUCGAUGAGCGAAGUGGGAAAAGCAAAGGAGAUGAGUUUGCUACCUUACGUGGUUUCCAUCAGCCCCACAAGCCAACAUGUUCAGGGAGGGCCCCAAGGCCACACUGCUGUGGCGUGGGAGCAGAAAAAGCCUGUGACAGGGAUAUCUUGGGGACUCACUACCAGGCCUGCUUGUACGCCAGCAUCAGGAUUGCUGGGACAAAUGCUGAGGUCACGCCUGUCCAGUGGGAAGUCCGGACAGGACCGAGAGAAGGAAUCGGCGCGGGAGAUCAUCUCUGGGUGGCCUCUUUCAUCUUGCGUCAUGUAUGUGAAGACCCUGCAGUGAUAGCAACCUUGGAUCCUGGGCCCAUUCCCAGGAACCGGGAUGUCUAUGCCAACUUCAGUGCCAAGGCCACGCGAGAAGAGAAUGAUCGGAAGUACAUUGAGGAGUCCAUCAGGAAACAGAGCAAGCGACACCAGUACGACAUCAGAGCCUACAGACUCGAGGGGAGCCUGGAUAACGCCCGGCACCGGACUGGAUUUCGUGAAACAUGCAACAUCACUGACUUUUCCGCCAGUGUGGCCAGCUGGGGGCUAGCAUCAGCGUUACCUGGACUGUCGGUCAGGAGAAGACCUCUGGUGACAAGAGCCCUCAUCCACACGAGUCUUCUCGGUGAAACUGGCAACGAACCUUCCAGAACAAAAACGAAGGGGACUAGACUUGCAGCCAUCAAACCCCUCCUAGCCCUCCAUCCUGCCUCCAUGUUUGCCCCUUCUUGGCUCGCCUAA